AUGCGAUUAAUAUUACGUAAUUUAUUCUUUUUGGAAGAGAAGAUCCUUCAAAAAUUCGGUUACUGGCCAUGCAACAAAAUAGUUUACUGGAAAAUUUGGACAUUUUUAAUCUUGCACAUCACUUUUAUCUUAAUUCCACAAAUUGUCUACACUAUCAAAUCUAUAAACUCAAAUAACUAUUUAAAUCUUGUUGCUGUUGCAUCAAUUAAUUUAGUUGCAUUCAUGAUCAUCUUGGCACCACUGAAUGUUGUCAUCAAACGUGAGAAGUUUAAUAAAUUGGUAGCAAAUAUCAAGUCCAAGUGGUUGAUCCACUCUUCUGACGAAUUUCCAAAAUGGAAUCAGCAACGAAAUAAGAUUGUAAAAAUUGGAAACAAAUGCACAUUCUAUACUUUAUGCAUUAUUCUACUUACAGCGUCUUCAUUCUAUUACAUUUUUAAUUUAAUUAUUUUCCUACGUUAUCUUUUAAGUGAUUUAGAUGUUAUGGAUCCUAGCAUUAAUCGUGAAACUUUGUUGAAAGUCGACUUUGGAUUCAACUGGGAAUACACACCAUUCCUAUUUUAUUACAAGCUAGCAAUCAUCAUUCCUCAUGCCUUGAUUAUUACGAAUAUCAUUGCGAUCCAAUCAUUUUACUUGAAGCUAGUAAAUUAUGCUGCCUCAUUCUUUAAGCUCUUGAAUGAAAGGAUUGACAAAAUUGAUGAGCUUUUGAAGAGUAGAAGUUCUGAUGAUGUUAUACAGAAUGAGAUUAAACAAUUUGUUGAGGAUCAUGUUGAUGCAUUAGAGUAA